ACUUGAUUUGUCAAUUGUCAUUCACUUUUGUGAAACCGCUGGAGAAAUGUCCAGUUCCGCCGGCGAUAAUUUAAAACUGCGAGUUGUGGUUCUAGGAGGGUGCGGCUUCAUCGGUCGGAACCUGGUGCACUACUUGAUAAGUAAUGACUUGGUGAGCGCGCUCCGUGUCGUUGAUAAGACACCGCCGCAACUAGCAUUUCUGAAUCCAUCUCAUACGAAGUCGUUUGAAGACCCUCGGGUGGAAUAUAAGAGUGCAAAUUUAAUAAAUCCAACAUCAUGCGCAUCAGCGUUAGAACCCACGUCAAGCCCUUGGGAUUUAGUGGUGAACUGCGCCGGGGAGACCAGGGUCGGGCAAACGGAGGCGGUGUACUCCGAGGGUAUCCUCACCCUCAGCACCAAUGUGGCAAAGCAGUGCGCCAAGAUUCAAGUCAACCGCCUGAUCGAAAUAUCUAGCGGACAGAUGUAUAGCAGUGAUAAGCCACAUAAAGAAGAUGGCCCCAUCGAACCCUGGACCGUCGAGGGCAGGAUGAAGAGUAAAGUGGAGAAAGAGUUGAAGAAUUUGGAGUCAGAAUUGAACUACACAAUAUUGAGACCGGCGAUAGUAUACGGAGUGGGAGAUAGACGGAGUUUGACUCCCCGUCUCCUGUACGGAGGUAUCUACAAGCACCUUGGUGAAACAAUGAAACUGCUCUGGACCGCUGACCUCAAGAUGAAUACGGUCCAUGUGUCGGAUGUGUGCAAAGCAAUAUGGACCUUAGGCACCAAGCCCGAAGCCCAGGGGCAGAUAUAUAAUAUUGUGGAUGAGGCCAACAGCUCGCAGGGCAGUCUUGCUGAACUGGUCUCGGAAAUUUUCAAGAUCAACCACGAUUAUUAUGGGACGGCUAUUUCUACUUUGGCUAAGAAUGACAUAGCUUCAGUAGCGGAGGAAGCGAACGACAAGCACCUGACGGCGUGGGCGGACAUCUGCCGCAAGUAUCGCCUGGAGCACUCGCCGCUGGAGCCCAGCGCCAGCACCGAGCUGCUGCUGAACAAGCAGCUGUGCCUCGACGGGACCAAGAUUAGGGGCAUUGUGGGGCUGGACGUGCCGAGACCUGGGGUCAAGGAACUGCUGGAAGUACUGCAAGACUACGCUUCCAUGAAUCUCUUCCCCAAGGAGUUACUUCUAUGACCAUAAAUAGGGAAUGAUAAAUUGUUAACAGCUUCCAAGCGCUUUCCCUUGAAGAUAGGGCUGCCAACAUUUUU